CACGUCUAUAUCAUGAACAGACUAGGGAAUGGGCAGAGUAUGAACGUGCAUUGCCAGUCUGGCGACGACGACCUCGGCAACCAAGUUCUGGCAGAUGGUGAUGAAUUUGGGUGGGCGUUCUCUACCAACACCCUCGGAACAACGCUGUUCUACUGUAAUGUGAACUGGUUCAAGAAUGACUGGUUUCACUUUGAUGCCUAUUCUCAUGAGCGCGACUGGUCAAGGUGCCGGUCGGAAUGCCGGUGGAGGGUUUCAGAAGAUGGAUUAUAUCUUCAUAACCAGAAGAAUGGUGAAUGGGAGGCAAUGCCACUUCUGAGAGCUUAA